AUGGAUCGCCUGGGUAAGAUCAUCUUCUAUGAGGACCGCAACUUCCAGGGCCGCUGCUUUGAGUGCAGCAGUGACUGUCCCGACCUGAGCACCCACUUCAACCGCUGUAAUUCCAUCCGUGUGGACAGCGGAGCCUGGGUUCUCUAUGAGCGCCCCAACUACAUGGGCAACCAGUAUGUGUUGACCCGUGGCGAGUACCCUGAGUAUCAGCGCUGGAUGGGCUACAGUGACAGCAUUAGGUCCUGUCGUCUCAUCAGAACCAGUCCUGGAGCACACCGCAUCCGUAUCUACGAACGGCCAGAUUUUUCUGGCCAGAUGCUGGAACUGACAGAAGAUAAUCCAUCACUGAUGGACCGCUUCAGCCACAGGGAGGUCCACUCAUGCAACGUGCUGGAUGGUGCCUGGGUCUUCUUUGAGCAUCCAAACUACCGCGGCCACCAGUACCUGCUGGAGAAGGGGGAGUACCGGCGCUUCACUGACUGGAAUGCCCUGCACCCCACUGUUGGCUCCAUCAGAUGUAUUCGGGAUUACUAA